AUGUCCAAGUGUGGAUCCAAUAAACCGUCUGGAGAAUAUCCGGUGCUCCCUGUUGAUGUCGUCAUCAAUAUCAUGUCGAGAUUGCCGAUGAAGUCUAUGGCUCAGUGUCGUUGCGUAUCCAAGCUCUGGUCAUCGGUUAUUCGCCGUACAAACAACAACCUAUUGUUCCCGAUCACGUUCCCAGAUCCACCACCGCGGAUCCUGCUCACCAUCGAAUAUGCAGGAGAUUUGUUCUUCUACACUUCACCUCAUAAUCCAGAUGUGAACUUGUCUCUUGUAGCCACCUUCCAUCAUAAGACUUCUGGAAAAGAUCUCUAUGAAUGUUCCAGUGAGUAUCACGUUCUCACAAUAGGGACUGAGAAUGAAAAUCUCUUAUGGAGAGAGAUCCAAUGUUGCACAACUCUGUAUCCUCUAAAUCUAAACGAGAGUGGGAUAUGCAUUGAUGGUGUUAUCUAUUAUCCAUCGGAGAUGGAGAAGGGAAAACCUACAAUCGUCUGCUUUGAUGUUCGGUCUGAGAAAUUCUUUCUUGUUAGUGUUGAGACUUGGCAACAAGGAUAG